CUCUCUCUCUCUCUCUCUCUCAUGAAGUAGAUACUCUCUCUUGCUCUUUUUCCCACAAAUUUUCUCGGGAAAAUUUUCAGGCUUUUAACUUGGUGAAGAGGGUUUAAGUGACUAGUACUACAUAGAUCUAUGAAAAUCGUAAUCCCUUUUUCUUAGCUGGAACUAAGUUAAGCGGUUGAUUCUAAUGUGGUUAGUUUUCGAUUUCAGUUGUACAUUUAGCAAAUGAAAGUAUGUGCUGUGGAUGGGAGCGGUUGAAGUCCACACCGUCUCCGACACCGCCUCUGAUUUCUUUUGAAGAAAGUAGACCAACCAACAUAGACAUGAAUCAUUUAACUGUUGAGACUGAAGAUGCUUUUGCAAGCUUGCUUGAGCUUGCAGCUAAUAAUGAUUCUGAGGGUUUUAAGAGAUCAAUUGAAUGUGACCCUUUGAGUGUUGAUGAGACUGGACUAUGGUAUAGUCGUCAGAAAGGCUUCAAGCAGAUGGUUAACCAAUAUAGAACCCCAUUGAUGGUUGCUGCAACUUAUGGUAGUGUUGAUGUUAUGAGGUUGAUUUUGUCUCUAUCAGAUGCUGAUGUCAAUCGAUCCUGUGGUUCAGAUAAGAGUACUGCCCUUCAUUGUGCUGCCUCAGGUGGGGCACCGAAUGCUCUUGAUGCAGUGAAAUUGCUUUUAGCUGCAGGUGCUGAUCCUAAUUUGGUGGACGCCAAUGGUCAUCGACCAGUUGAUGUUAUUGUUGUUCCGCCAAAGCUCCAAGGUGUGAAAUUGACUCUUAAAGAACUUCUUGCCACUGAUGGUUCUGUCAUUGAGCACAAUCUGAGGGUUUCCACAGAUAACUCAAACUCAAAUUCUCCACCUCUUUCACCUUCAAUGGAUAAUGGUUCUCCACUGUCUGCAUCAGAUUCGCCGGUGAGGUCGAAGCUAAAUGACACGCCAGUUUUCUCUACAUCAGAGAAAAAGGAAUACCCUGUUGAUCCAUCUCUGCCAGACAUCAAGAACAGCAUCUAUUCAACUGAUGAAUUCCGAAUGUAUUCAUUCAAGGUGCGGCCCUGUUCCCGUGCCUACUCCCAUGAUUGGACAGAAUGUCCAUUUGUUCAUCCAGGGGAAAAUGCUCGAAGAAGGGAUCCUAGGAAGUUCCAUUAUAGUUGUGUUCCAUGUCCUGAUUUUCGGAAAGGGGCUUGUAGACGAGGAGAUAUGUGUGAAUAUGCUCAUGGAGUUUUUGAGUGCUGGCUUCAUCCAGCUCAAUAUCGAACACGGCUUUGCAAAGAUGGUACAAGUUGUGCUAGGAGAGUUUGCUUCUUCGCCCAUACUGUGGAGGAGCUCCGUCCAUUAUAUGUAUCCACUGGUUCUGCUGUUCCUUCUCCUCGCUCGAGCACUCCUGGUGCCACUGCAAUGGAUUUUGCUGCAGCCAUGAACCUCUUGCCAGGUUCUCCUUCUUCGGUAUCUGUUAUGUCUCCAUCUCCAUUCACUCCACCCAUGUCUCCAUCUACCAAUGGCAUGUCACAUUCUUCUGCGGCUUGGCCCCAACCAAAUGUCCCUGCCUUGCAUCUCCCUGGAAGCAAUCUUCAGUCCAGUCGCUUGAGAUCUGCCCUUAAUGCAAGAGACCUUCCAGCUGAGGACUACAGCUUGCUGCCAGAUUUUGAUGUGCAGCAGCAGCAGCUCCUAAAUGAGUUAUCCAGUCUCAAUCAACCAUCCUUGAGUAAUAACUCCUUGAACCGGUCUGGUCGUUUGAAGAUCCUAACCCCUUCAAACCUUGAUGAUCUAUUUUCUGCAGAGAGCUCUUCUCCUCGAUAUGCUGAUCAGGCAUUGGCUGCAGCUGUUUUCUCCCCAACUCAUAAGUCUGCUGUUCUCAAUCAAUUCCAGCAGCAGCAAAGUAUGUUAUCACCGAUCAACACAAAUUUUUCACCUAAAAAUGUUGAUCACCCUCUGUUGCAGGCCUCUUUUGCAUCAGGCAGGAUGUCACCACGGAAUGUGGAACCUAUUUCCCCUAUGAGUUCUCGAGUGUCUAUGUUGGCUCAACGUGAGAAACAGCAACAGCAACUACGUAGCCUCAGUUCUCGGGAUCUAGGCUCCAACUCUGCUGCCAUUGCUGGAUCCUCAGUAAAUUCUUGGUCAAAAUGGGGUUCUUCAAAUGGCAAACCAGACUGGGCUGUUGCUGCUGAUGAGUUGGGUAAGCUUCGCAGAUCAAAUUCAUUUGAGCUUGGCAAUGGAGAGGAGCCUGAUCUAUCAUGGGUACAAUCACUCAUUAAAGAAUCUCCAACGGAGAUGAAAGAAAAGUUGGCCAUGCCCGUCUCCUCUAGUGUUGCAGCUACUGCUUCUUCAAGCGAGGGACCAAGUAUGAACCCCCAAAUUGAAUCAGUUGACCAUGCAGUGGGGGCAUGGAUUGAGCAAUUGCAGAUUGAUCAGCUUGUAGCUCAGCAGAAUUGAAAUCAAUCCUACCGAGUCCCGAGAUAGUGAAAACAGGCAAGGUUUUGUUAGAUAAUUUCAUGUUCUUUUGGGGUUUUGUUGUUAGUGGUGUUGAAGGUAACAUUAACAACACGGUAAAGGGAAGUGAGAAAGUUCACUUUGGAAAGGGAAAUAUUCAUUCACCAUUUUGUUAUUACAGCAGAAGUUAGGGAAAAAAAGGGCGAGAUAACCGUCUGGGUUAGAAACAAAAGAAAUGAAGCCCAGGCCAAGUGUAUUUUUUUCCUCCAAAAUAUUAGAUUUCUUUUAUUGUCAAUUUUUUUAACCUUUUUAGGAUGAGCAACAUCUUAAAGUUACAAUGUAACUGAAUUUCUAUGUGUCACCUCUUAUAGUCAUAAUGACCUUAAAAUUCAAUAGAGAGCUAUGAGUCUUAUGUAAGAUGGAUCUUUCUUGAAAGCAACAUGGUUCUUAUGUAACUAGUUCAUCAUUGCUAUUAUUCUAUUACUUUCUAUUUCAUGUA